GCGCCCGUGGGAGCACCAGCCGCGUGCGAGGCACUCGCAGCCGCAGCUGGAGCUGCAGCGCCAGCUAGACGCAAGCAGGCGGCUGGGCACUGGCAAGGUUUCUUGGGCGGCGGUGCCGGACCCGCCCGAGCCCGGCACAUCAGAUCCCAUCUUGAGUUCGACGGUGCCUCAGCCCGAGGAUGUGACGUCGCAUUCUGGCAGGGUCGCCAUGCUGGUGCUCGCCCUGGUGCCCGCCUUCCUGGACGACUACUCGAAGUUCAAGACGUUUAUGACAUGUGGCCCCUCCAGCUUUGUGAACUUCGCCCUGCCGGCCCUCUUCGCCCUGUUGGGCAUCCUGUCGCACCGCAGCGAGGUCCAGAGGCCCCGCAGCCUGGCCGAGAUGAAGCAGAUGGCGACCGGAGCCCUGUCAACGAUGCGCAUCACCGUCGCUGCGCGGGUGACGACACUCGCUGGGCGCGGGUCCGCUACGCCGAGCGAGUCUGCCGGAGUGGAGAUGGCCACCGCCCCGACGGCCAGCACCUGGCACGCGCCCAGCCGGCGGACGGAGGCGCCCGCACGGGGGCGCGCCCCCCCGGGCGAAGACCGCAGCGGCCGCGGCGCCUCCCGGGCAUGCGGCAGCUCGGGCAGGGCGACCAGGGCCACCCGCGCCGUGACGCCGCCGGGCGGCAAGCCCGCCGACCAGUUCCUCUUCAUGCACAGCAUCCGCAUCCACAUCAUAGCCACCGGGGUGCUGACCUUCUUCACCAUCGUGUUUACGGUCUGGAACGCGGGCCUCGGGGUCAAGAAGCUGCUGUUCGGGCCGGACAAGUCGUACACGCGGGACAGCGCCGUGCGAGAGGGCUGCACAAGCUGGUUCAGCUGACGACCUCUGGCGGCCUGGGCUGCGCUGGACGGCCUGUAGCGAUGUAAGAUAUGUGUCCCGUGCCCCGAAAAACUGCGCCACCCUUCCCUAAUGUCAGCUUGUGGUUGCCAACUGAUGUCCCCCCCCCGAUCGUACGCAAGUAGGGCGAAGUUUCCCCUCAGGCUGAUCCCUGACGCGCCACAGUCGUCGUCGUCGUCGUCGUCAUCGUCGUCGUCG